CAACCAACCGACACGACUUACAUACAUCACAGCGCUUCCACUCCAGUCCUGGCUGGCGACCAAGAAAACCCUCCCAAGACUCGCUUGUCUCGUUCUCGUACUCCGUACAACUAAAAAAACCCCCUGCCGAGUACCCCCGGAUGCACAGCUGACGAACGACGCCGCCGCCCCCCCGGUUAUUUUUGUUUCCCUGUCCUCGUCAAGUCCCUCUCUGUAAGCGCCCCGAUUUUGCCGAGUCGUUACCUGCAACCUCUGCAGUCCAAUCGUCGACGGUGAUGGCUCCCAAGCAACCAGUGAUGGAUCUUUGGGGAGGGGGGACACGCGUGCUUGUGAUAUUCCUCCCCGGAAAGAAAUGUCCUCACCUACGCCGCCGAUGUGAGGCGAUGCGCGAGGUCACAAGGUAAGCAAGCAAGGUACAUUGUUCAAUCCUGCUGUCUUGGUUGUUUUUUUAUAUCCAUGUUGUCACCGCCGUCGUCGGAAACAAAAAGACACCGAGUCCUCUACGUACCUAGGGUGCAUUCGUCUAUUCGCUUAACUGCUGGCAAAGAAGAGCAAUACUACGGUAGCGUCACACGGCAGCUGGCUUGCCGAUUGAUACUGCGACUGCGACUGCGACAAUGAAGAAUUACGAAUAUCCUCGAGUCCGACCUCCGACCUCUCUACAACCCCCUCAAAACACUACUGCUCCAGUUCGCUUUUCGUGGAUGGAAACACCCGCGGACGAAGAGAAUCGCUCAUGGGAACAUAAUACGGGAAGAGAAAGGAAAACAAGUAGCCCAGCACCCGCGGUACAACAGAUGCAGAACAUGGAAGUGCCGCAGGGUUCCGCAUCGGCGCAGCACCCAUAUCAUAUACAGGAUCCGACCGUGGUACAGCAGCACCCAUAUCAUAUACAAAACCCGGCUGUUGUUCAGCACCAGCACCAGCAACAUCAGCAUGUGCAGGAUCCGCGGUUCCCAAGCGCCUAUUCUACCCAGCACAUACCUGUACAAGUACUAGCGCUCCCUACACCGUCGUCUGCUCAAGAACAACAACAACCCCCGAACCCUCAACCUCCUGAUCCCGUGAAGCAAUCCUCAUCAGACAAUAAGCCAUCAGUCCCAAUUAGCCCUGACGCCAACCCGCUGGUAUCUCCCAUUCCCAGGGGACUACAAAGAGCAAGUACAAAUAUGGCUAUUGUUCCUCCUUCUGCCAAUCCUGCUCAAUUCUCUAUCGGCGUAUACACACCAAGCCCGCAGGCAAUAAAAGGCGGUUCUUGGCAGCACGGGCUUUGCUCAUGUGCAGAGCCCUCGAUCUGCUUGACGGGUCUAUUCUGCCCUUGUAUCGUAUAUGGUAAGGCACAGUAUCGACUGUCUUUACGAGGGGAGAGAAAAGACCCAACAAACAUGCUGGGAUAUAAUGUUCUUAAUGGGUCUUGCUUAGCUUUUGCAAUCCUCUGCGGCAUAAAUGGGUUUCUGUCAGCUAUACAGCAUACACGUGUACGCAAAACUUAUAACAUGAAUACCGAGGCGGGCAAUGUGCCCGGAGAUUGUGUCAAGGGCUUUUGUUGCUGUUGUUGUGCCGUUGCCCAGAAUGAAAAAGAGGUCAAGUUUCGGGAAGAGCAGGCUAGGAAACCUGAGGGAGCUUCGAACAAUCAAACUGGCUAUGUCGCCCCGGCUGGAAUGACCUUCAGCCCACCACCCAGAUGAUCCUAGCUCGCGUGCGUCUAUCCCUGUUGGUUCGACUGAGCAUUACCAGGAAUACCUUGCUAUUGACCCUCCAAAUGCGACACUUUGAGUCAGGUCAGGUUCGCGGACGCGACGGGUCAGUGUCAUGCAAUCAACCAUACCAAGUCCAUACUGGGGACAAGUUCAAUACGACAUUGUGGCGUUGACGAUGUUGCUAACAACCCAAAAGUACUCACUCGAUGGCGCCACACGAAGGCACUAUUGGUACCAUGCGGCUGGGCUGCGGAAACACCGGCCUCCCGGCCCUAUCUCUCCCAAAUCACUCUGUGGAUAUCUCUUGGCCGAUGAGACUUCAAAGUACAAGCAAACAUUCAGGGACAACAAGCCACAGAUGCAGGUUAAACGAGGUGCGACAAGCCACCCAUGCAAGAGACCAGAAAGAGACGUCAACCCCUGUUCACCCAGCCUUACACCUUACUGUAUCUAGUAUGGUCUGUUACCGCGACAUUAGCGUCAAGAUACGGGGAGUAUCUUUGAAUGCAUCCACGUCAUGUCUUGCGCGAUACGCUCGAACUCGAUACCAGGGGCUGGGUCGACCAGUCGAGCGACCAUGUGGACGCAUUAAUGCACUCCCCUAGUGACAUGCUACUUGAUGGAGGUGGGUCACUUGCAGGUACAGCCCAGUAUCCCCAGAAUUGGCAACCGUGUGAGCGGUUUUUGGCAUUUGAACCAGAUACUACUUAACAUGGUAUGCUGUUGCCAGUACCUGCCAAUGUACUCUGUACCAUCUGCCUGCGUUCCACAACCAACCAGAAUGUCAGCCGCCGAUUACCAAAGAUACACACGUAUCUUUCGCUUCUCUCUCUCCAUCUUGAUGUUGUUCAUUCCCUGCCUCUGGUGGGGUUUUAUCUGGGCCCUGAAGGGGUUUGGGGCUUGGCCGAAGCACGAAGAUGUUGCCCCGAAUAAAGUAACCUUCAGAUUUCUCGACAUGGAUCGUCUUCAACGCCAAUGUAUUGUGCCAACGACGACGACGAAUGCUACAAGAUGUCAGACGUCGAAUGCUACAAGACGUCAGACGUCGGAUGCUACAAGAUGUCAGACACCAUUGAAACAGAAGCAGGACACCACGCAUUGGAGGAGUAAGUUGCGUGAAAUACUUUUGGAGACAGACCCGACACACUCGUCGUUCCGCCCGACUCUGAAGGCGUAUAUCAUUUCUUGCUGUCACCCAAAUAUGCACAACAACCUUCCCGAGGUCAUUGAUCAGUACAUGGCUCUGUGGAAUAACGAAUUGGUCGAUCACUACGAACGAAGCAAGAUCUGGACGAUGCUUGAUCGGAUCGUGACCAAGUGGCAUAUGCAAUUGACUGCGUGGUGCAACAACCUUAACGGCCAUACGGAAGCCGCCGGGGUCGACGAUGUCGCGGAAGAAACGAGAGCGCUGGAAGACGGUUCUGCCACAGGCGACGAGGAACUUGAGAAUUCUGCUACCGCAUCACCAAACACUUUGGGUCAGCCGGACCAGACCUCUCCACAACGACAUCAUUUUCAACCCUACCAGAAAAAAGACGAAGAAUUAUGGGACAAGAUUAGACAAAGUCUUUCGGACCAAGAGGCACCGGAGGGUUUCAUUUACAUAUUCCAAUUGGACAAUGCUUCCGGAUACUUGAAGAUUGGUUUCUCAACAAACCCCGUUAAGCGACUACGCCAAUGGCAAACCUCCUGCGGUCAGGAUUACAGGAGUAUAGGCGAAUGGAAGACCCGUCACGGCUUGAGAGUUGAAAGGAUUCUUCAGAUUCAGCACGCAAAGGAGCGGCAGAUGUUUUUGAAUUGUCCCUGUGGAAAGACACAUGACGAAUUCUUCCAACUCAGCCUCGAAACCGCCAGAAAGGCAAUCAAUUAUUGGGUCACAUGGAUGGAAGAGGUCAAGCCGUAUGAUGUCGACCCGCCACGUCAACUGACAACAGCGUUUGUCCGUUUCUUGGUAUAUCCGGAUGUUGAUGGUAAUUCGGCCUUGGAUCCUGAGACCAGAGAGCGGAGGUUGAAGGACUCGAAUGGGAAUCCAUGGUUCCCGACACGCCUUCUCACCUAUGAUGUUAAUGACCAGGAGGAGAUUGGAGGGCCUUCACCUGUUCGAUCCCGCAGUGGCGCAAUGCAAAGGGGUCCCAGACAGCAGGCAUCUCCCCGACAGCAAGCCUCUGGUUCGCGUAUCACUCCUCCCCGGAGUGGUCCCAGCGGUUCGGCUGCACGAGAUGCGCAACGUCCUAAUCCCAGCACUCCAACUCAGGACUUGUGUGAUACCUCCAGAAAUGAAGAAGACAAAUUACCUGAUACAGGUACUUCACUUCAGACACCGUCCGCUACUUCCAGAAAUGAAGAAGACGAUCCACACGGAACAAAGACAACGCCGUCUUCAUUGCCAAGGAAGAGCAUAACCAGGAAAGGCUCCUCGAGGAAAGGCAAGGAGGCAGUGAGGACAGGUGACAUCGAUUCGCCGUCAACCUCUCCUCGUCCCCAAAGAAGUUCGACAAGGAAGAGAAAAGAUGCGCCUCAAGCAAUUGAAGCUGCGACACGACAUGACCUUGAUGAGCAAGUUACGUCGCCUGCACCUUCGAAAGGGAAGCCGGUCAUGGCUUCAUCGGCACAACCACAAAAUGACUCCAAGAGGCCAAGCGAUGGGCACAAGGAUGAAGCUGCGCUAGAGAGUGAGAUCGAUGUCGAUAUGGUGGAUAUUUUUAGCUCCGAUGACAUAUCGCCGCUCACAUUACCUGAUUCUGAAGAGGCUAGCUCGGGUACACUCGACGGCCAUGGGUCUCGAGCGGUAAGAAUGUCGCCAAUCCAAUCUGGCAAAGCCGAGGCGAGAACGACUCACGCCGGGUCUAGUACAGAAGCGAGGCAAACGCAAAGAGAUGAAGAUACAGGCGACGACGACGACGAGGGUGAACCUUCUACGUCCAAUGAAGAAGACAAGGUUCAUGACAAGAGUGUCAACAACCUCGGCCGAAAUGGCAAAAGAGUACCUCCUCUGGGUCAAAAGGUAACCCCAAAGCGUCGAAGUAUUGGUUCUGACGAAGAGGACGCACCUAAAUCAUCAGGGAGUAGGAGGUCAAGUCGGCCGAUAUCGUCAAGAAGCACAAAGACAACGCCAAAACCGGUGGGAACCAAAUCUAAGCAAGGUGUUCCGGAGAAUGGCGAUGACGAGAGCGAAGUAGACUCUCCUCUCCAACUCAACGGAAAAGGCAAAUCGAAAAGCAAAAGCAACAGCAUUUCGUCGUCGAGACGACGUUCCAAGGGACCAAGUGUUGACACUGACCAGGUUGAAUCUCCUAGCCCUACGGUGUCACCAUCCCCUUCUCUCGAACGGUCAUUCCCAAUCUGUGAGAUCCAGAACAAGUUUAGUUUGUUGAGAAUUAGUGACACGCCUGCGACAAGGAGUGAUGGCGCACUGGUUGGCUUGAAAAGGAAGAACGGUGGUCUGGAUAGGAAUCGGAACAUGAUGAGACAACAAGAUCAAGGUCGACGUGCAGCGUCGACUUCCAACAUUCAGGCUAUCGGACCUGAUGCUAUGGAUUUGGAUUCGGGUUCGGAGUCGGACAUAGAUUCUCCAUCAGCAUCCCGUCCCAGGUUGAACUUUGUACGGACUGCAGGUCCGAGUCUAGGGGAGAAUCGGAACAUGAGUAUCGAAGCACCACAUCGAGGUCAUCAUGGCGUGGGUUUGCCAGGGCCAGGAAGGCGAGCCGUGUCCUGGUCUCAGCCUGGGUUUAGGGUGCCUAGAGAGCCCCUUGUCACGAAUCAGGUCUCGAAUCAGGGUGUGAACUAAGUUCACCGAGAGUAAUGUGACACAAUGGUCCAGUAUGAGGACGUGCAAGUAUAUAUGUGGUACGGUAUGUGUAUAUUAUAUGUGUAUAUGUGGUAUAUAUCUAGCGGUGUGAUGAGAGUGUAUGAGGACAAGAAAGGCAUUUGAUAUGGUAAAUUGUUGGUGGUUGAUAUGUGUGUUAUACUCUACUCUUACUCGUGUUACUUACCAAGGUACUAUUGUUAUACUAAUACUGUACUGUUUGUCGUUACUCGGAG